AUUCUCCUGUUCUCUUCCAGUGUACCACAAACAGAUUCUCAGCAGAGCUCUGCAGAAAUUCCUCUAAUCCUUCCUCUGCUACCCAGGAGUCAUGGAAGCCAGCGAUUAUGCCCGUGAACUCGGCUCUCCACCAACAUACAAUGAGCGUGGCUAUGAGCAGCUGAAAAAAGAGACAGAGUUUCGGAAUAUCCCGAGCCAACAAGUCCAAACCACUGUGGUGACAAUUACGCCAGAGGGUCCCCCUGUCCGAGAUCAUAUCAUCUGGUCGCUCUUCAAUGCCAUGUAUUUGAACUUCUGCUGCCUUGGUGUUUUCGCCCUUGUAUUUUCUGUCAAGUCCCGGGACAGGAAGCUUGUGGGAGAUAAGAAUGGCGCCACCAGCUACGGUUCCACAGCCCGUUCCCUAAACAUAACUGCCACCGUGCUCUCUAUUUUGUUUACUGUUGUCGUAAUGAUCGCCCUUAUUAUAAAGGCGGUCAUGAUGAUUGAAAUGAUUAAGAAAAUGACCCAGGAUGGAGGAUACCCUAAAAACGACUUUGGAUACGGAUACGGAAAUUAA